GUAUGGAGUACUUGGAGAGCAAGAAUUGCAUUCACAGAGAUUUGGCCGCUCGUAAUUGUCUGAUCGGUGCGGACAAUGGCGUUAAGAUAUCCGACUUCGGUAUGUCGAGAGAGGCUAAUGUAGAGCAGGAGUACACCGUAUCCAACGGUAUGAAACAAAUACCCAUCAAAUGGACGGCUCCCGAAGCACUCAAUUAUGGUCGCUAUACAUCCCUAUGCGAUAUAUGGAGUUAUGCUAUAUUAAUGUGGGAAAUAUUUACCCUGGGAAGUACCCCCUAUAGCGGAAUGUCUAACGCAAAAGCCCGUGAAUUGAUUGAUAACGGGUAUCGACUUCCCUGUCCUCCCAAAGCACCGCAAGAAAUCUACGCUCUGAUGACCACAUGUUGGGACUAUGAGCCCGAAAAUAGGCCUCAUUUCACUGCAAUUAGGCAUCAAUUGGAGGAAAUAUAUGUCGAUAUGAAGAACAGGGAUCUCAAGGAAAAGAGCGACAAAGAAAGCGUCGAAAUUCAUUUG